CACAAAUAAAAAAUGUCCAAUACCAUUUAUGAAGAAUCUCUUUGUGUUGACAAGUCUUUCACAUCCACAUCAACAUCUUACAGAUUCAUACAUACAACUAGUUCCAAUUUUUAUAAUGAUUCAUCUUUGGUUCCUAUUUUUUGUAACCGUACAUCAGCAGAUCUUGGUGUUUGUAAACUGUCUUCAGCUUCUCAUAAUUUAGACUAUGGUAAUUUAAAACUAAAAGACAGCUCCAUGGUAAAAGAUCCAGUUACUAUUAAUGCUCCACUAUUAUCUUUAAAUCAAGAGCCUUCAAAAAAAUUGAGUAUAAUUUCUUGUUACCGAAUUGAAAUGCAUCCUACAAAUCCAUGUACCAAAUACGAUUUUAAAUUUUUAAAUAGUAAAAAUCUUAAUUUGUAUAAAAGUAUGUACCAUAAACGCAUUAGUUUAGAACGUCAGAAAAAAGUAGACUUUAUGUAUUAUUUAUCGAGGCGUUAUAAUUUUGUCCCUGUAACCGAGAAAAUAUUUACAUUUUUGCACGGAAAAGACAUUUUAGCAAUGUCUAUGGUAUCUAAAACAUGGCAUAAUGCAGUAAAAAACUCACCAUCAGCUAUAAGAAAGAAAAAAUCUUAUGUAACAUACUUGCGAUCAGAAAAAGAAAAUCAUGGACAUGCUGAACGAAGACGAUUGUGUUUACCAAGUAGAAGAGUUUUUGGUGAUAUUACCAAUAUCAUGCGUUUUCGUUAAAACGGAAAGAUGGACAUUCAAUAGCACAUAAUAAACCUAAUAUUUUAAUAAGGUCCCUCACGUGUUGUAGGUGAAAACUGGUCAUUAGUAUAUAAUUCUAUUUCCAACUUAUUUUAAGUGCUCAAAAUAAUAUGUGCUUCAAAAAAAUCUUAUAUGUAUAAUAUGUAUCAUUAUAA